AUGACUGAAAUAACCAGAAAAUUAACAACUAGAUCUACGAAUAAGGGUCAUUCCGAAUUCUAUCGUCAUGUAAUUUUGCCAAGCAAAACCUACGCGGAGAGACAUAAAUCGUCACCCAAAGAAGUUAAAGAAGCGGCACGAACUUAUAACAAACAACCGCCAUUGUCAAAUGCCGAUAUUGAAAGACAACGGAGUUCAUUGCAGCGUCAACUAUCCAUAGAUAUGCUUCGUCAAGGUUAUCAUCAAGCGUUUCGUGAAUUGUCUGAUAUACUAACAUGGCAAAAAGAUAAUCGCGAACAGUCAAGAAGUGAACAACCACAAGUUUUAAUAGAAGAUAAUGCCGAUAAAUUACGUUUUCUUUCCAUAUAUUUAACUAAAGCUGAAGAGGCCGAACGAAGACGUCAAUAUGCAAAGAUGUAUGAAAGCUAUCUAGCUAUGGCAUCAUUUUUUCGUGAAGCAGAAGAUUAUUGGCUAUCGGAUUAUUUUUACAAGAAAUGCUUGACUAUCGCUCAAGCCUAUUCACAACUCGAUACUGAAUUGGUUGCUCGGGCUUAUCUAAAUAUUGGAUCAGUCUAUGAGAGACACGGUGAUCUGAUGCAAGCUUUAGCAAGUUUUAAACAGUAUUAUCAAGCCGGUGAAAACUAUUAUGAUCUACGAACGAAUGCAAAUCUUCAAUUAGUACGUAUAUACAUGAAAUUAGCAGAACGACGAACCACGAAUGAAAAAUUGGAUUUUAUGGUUAAAGCCUACGAAGCAUCGAUACAGAGCGAUGAUAAGAAAAUUGAGAAUGAGAUUCGCUACAAAUUAGGGCUACUCUAUCUUGAGCUUAAUGAUAUUGAUGCAGCACUACAAUAUUUAGAGAAAUAUUACGACUAUUGCCAGCAAGUUAAUGAUGAUGAAGGUUUCGGUCAAGCAAGUGAAGCGAUUGCUAUUUGUUACCAAAAGAAAUCAAAUAUCGAAAAAAGCACGGAAUAUUUAACAAAAUAUCUUCAGAAAGCUUCGGGACAGAAAGGCAGUCAUCAAUAUACGAAAGCUUGCAAUGCACUCGGUUUGAUCAACGCUACACUGGGGGACUAUGACUCUGCCAUUGCAUCCUGUAGCAAAGCGUACAGUAUUUCAUUAGCAACUCGUUCUUCUGAUCUUGAUCGUUGUCGCCUUCUAUAUGGUAUAGCUAAUGGAUUGAAAUUACGAGGCUGCUUUAACGAACACAUCGAUCAAAUGAAUACAAAGAAUUUACUUGACUGGAAGCAGACAAGACUCGAAAGUCACUUAACAAAAUCGAAGAAUUAG